CGGAAAAUCAGCCUCGUUCGCUCUGCAUCACUUCCCGCCUCUCUUUCCAAGCGCUCCUCUGUUUUUUCUUCUUCUCCCUGCCUUUCUCGCUUUUCGAAGUCGCCUUUUUCGCCUUUUUCCAGCUUUCACUGUUCACUCGAAAACUCGACCCCUUUUUUUCCUCUCCGUGUGGAGAAGAAAGGAGGAACCUCCGAAGAACGCCCCCGGAGCAGCUCGCGGCGGUAGCGGAGAUGGGUUCCGGGAAUUUCCUCCAGGUCGUGGCCAAGAACUUCGAUGUCCUCGCGCUGCCUGUCGUCACCCUCGUUUACCCUCUGUAAGUUUGGGUUUGAGCUACAUUACUUUCGGUUCGAGGGUCUUUUGAUUUCUUCUCGGAUUUAUGGAGCCCGGUUUCAUCUGUCUCUCUGCUUCUGUCUCUGUCUCUGGCUCUCUUUUCUUUUCUUUGUUUCUGGGUUUUUACUCAGGUAUGCUUCGAUAAAGGCGAUAGAGACCAGGUCUCGCUCGGAUGAUCAGCAGUGGCUCACUUACUGGGUUCUCUAUUCCUUGAUUACCCUCUUCGAGCUUACUUUUGCCAAGCUCCUCGAAUGGUUUCCUAUAUGGCCUUAUGCAAAGCUGAUAUUUGUCUGCUGGUUGGUCUUGCCACACUUCAACGGCGCGGCUUAUGUGUAUAAGCACUACAUCAGACGCUUUUAUAUGAAUCCUCAUGCUACCACAAUGUGGUAUAUUCCGCGGAAGGGCCUUUUUCAAAAGCAAGACGAUGUGCUCACGGCUGCUGAGAGGUACAUGGAAGAACACGGGACCGAAGCAUUCGAAAGGCUCAUUUCCAAGGCUGAUCGAGAACCUCGAGCUAGAAGAAAGAACAACCACAUAAUAUAUGACGAUGACUACAGAUAUUGAAGAAGAACGCGGCUUUUUGCCAGCCGAAGCUGUGAGGAACCCGGAUAUCAACAUAUUAGGCAAUUACAAUCCCCCCUCCUGUCCGUCUUUUUUCUUAAUUCGUGUUGCGGUAAUUCCUCGCAGCUGAGAGCCGAACAUGAUGCUGAGAUUGUAAAGCGUUGCCUGUGUACUGGAGGAGUUUGAUGCUACUUUCCUAACGAUAUGCUUGUGAAUACUGGUUUCUGUGAUCUUCUGGAUGGUGUAAUGAAUCUUUUGAGCUUGUUUGACACUGCAAUUCUUCUGUUAGUUGGCAACUUGAUGCUUAAAGCU